GAGGAAUUCCUUCGGAUACUUCUGUUGUUAAGUCGCGUACCGCGUGUGCUGUUUUCCUUGUGCUGACGUUUUCUUUGCUUAUUUCCGUUUUUCGUCUCCAUCGACCGGUGUUCUCGCUCUUGCUGAGUAGUAAGAGAAUUUCACUAUAGAAAACACAUGGAUACUUUGGAUAUGUUUAUCUACCACCCCGAGGAUUACGAGAGCACCAAGGGUCACUCAGUGUUGAGAAAUAAAUGGGGGUAUGGAGGGAGAGCCAUGUCACCAGUAGAUGACCUCUACCUAUCAGACAUCUACCGCCCCAGAUAUUCUUCAUACUAUGACUCUACGGGGACGGAAAACGAGAUACGGAGAAACGUCAACCGUGAGCUUCUCUUUUCGACAAACGCUGCUGAUGACGCCUUCGACGUAGCGACUAAAUCUAGAAACAGAGACCAAGAAAUUCUCAGAGAGGCCUCAAACGCUAUCCCCCCGUCGAAAUCCACGCCUGCUGCCUACGACUCCAGCGCUGGUCGGAAAGUAUCGUCUGCUUAUGUUCCUCAUAGGCGUUUUCAGACUGAGAGGCCAGAUUCGGAAUCAUACAGGAGUUUUCUAACAUUGAAACCAUCAGGAGCUCGUUUCCAAUCAGAUAGGGUGUCUAGUUCAAUAUAUAGAGAUUUACGAAAUCCCGACACAUAUGAACUGAGGCGCCGCCUCGCCAGAGAGUCCCCCAUUCGCUCCCCCACCAUUUCUCCUUAUCAGAGCCCCAGAGAAUCCCCUGACAGGGAGUUAGGACAAGGUCGAAGGUACAGAAGGGCCGGGCCCGGUCACAUAGGAAGUUCCUACACUAGGCUGGUUAAUAAGCAGACAAACAGAUAUCCCUCUUACGAUGUGGAAGAUUUCAGUGACAUAGAUGAUUCAUUCAUUGACGAUGAUGACAGAGACAAAUAUUUGAAUUAUCCGAUUAGGUGUGAUGACACGUAUGAUGUUGGUGAUGACAUCAAUGAUGACGGGCAAUCAACCACGAGUCAUAUCAGUAGCUAUUAUGUGCCCCCGCGUGAACGCUCGCCUAGCCCAGUUGAGUAUAUGGCUUACCAGCCUCGAAAACGGAGGGUAUAUGAUGACGAUGAAAAGUCGGAAACUCCUCCUCGCUACACAAGUGUCGCAGAUAUCCCCCUCUUUUCAAUGUCGCCUUACCGAUCCGCUUUGAAUAUCAAUAAGUCCGCGUUGGUUCAGAGCAACACUUCGGUGCGGCACGGCUCCGCAGUUGCAAACGAUGUCAUGUUCCACGAUAUCAUUUCUCAAACAGCCGCCAAGGCACGACAGGCUCUGAAGAAUGUUAACCUAGAUGAGUAUGACUCGGCUGCUCUAGUGUUUAGUGUAGAGGGGGAGAUGAAAGAUCCUGUCAGGGGAAAACCUAUGGGGUUCGAAUAUGUAGCUCGUCCUCUUAUGUUGAAGGGUCCAAUGCUAGCGGGUCCAGCUAGUUGCGCUAUCCGCUCAUCAGAUCAUGAUUUUAGGGGCUACUUAAAUGAUUUAUCAAACUUUCGACAGGGAAUUAACGACAGACUUUCACGUGGCUAUAGUGCCCUUUCCGAAGCAUUAAGAUUGCCCCGUUAUCGAAGGAGAUUGCCAUUAUCAUUAGAUUACGAGGAUGAUGAAGAUACAUACGGUUAUGGUUACUCUUCCCCACUACUCAGUCGUAGAAAACGAAUCGGGGACUACUCCUAUGGACAGGAGAGACUUAACCUGUUUCCACUGCUAGGAAGCAGACAUAGAGCUUUGACAUCGUCCGAUGCUUCCCUAGACCAAAUCGAUUCGAUGGAAACGCACGAACCCGACGCAGAGCUUCAGCUUACAACUCUUGAAAAAAUUAAGAUUAAGGCCGCUCUAGUGGGAAGCAAGGUCGACGUUGUUACACCAAAAAGCCGUAAACCCAAGUCGGAUUAUGCUGCCAAGGUUAUUCGCAGAAUUAGGAAGGAAGAGAGGGAACAGACUGCCCCUGAGGAUGUCACGUGUUCAUCGAUGUCCGCAUCCAAGCCAGUUUCGACAACGUCAACAAGAGGAGGAAAAGCUAUCAGGGACGUUGAUGGGUUUUCUAAACCCAAAAAUGUUUUGUCUUGGCAGUAUCGUAUUGAAUCUCGCGUGGAUCCAGAGGAUAUCAUCCAAAUGCCCAAAACGUAUGCAGCUGUGAAAGAGCAGAUGAAACAGGUCCAAUGCAAAAUGGACAAACAUCGCCAGCUAAUGGACAGGUAUCUAGAGCCUGAUUUGAAACCCGAAUCCGAAGACGUAAAGAGUAAAAUAAUGAAUUUGUACGUGGAUAUGGAGCAGAGGAACCCCUCUCUUUUCAGGGCAACCGGAGAAGGCGUUACGUCAUCAUCAACUGAACAUAGCGAAAUUACUACAUCGGUACGGGUACGAGCAAGUUCUGUACGCCCGCCGCCUGUCAGUUUUACACCUGGCACCAAGUUUCAUGGAGAUGACGAAUAUUCCCCAAUGUCCGAUGUUCGUAGACGAGUACGGAGUGUGAUUCGCAAGAACAAGAGGGCUGCCUCAGUCCUUUAGUACAACCGGAGGUCAAUCUUAGGUACAAAGGGGAGGGACUAACGUUCGGAUGAUAAAUUCUUGAGAGUCAAUGUUGCAGAAACUGGCGUUUCUCUUUGAAAACGGUCUCCAGGCUACACAGACAUUCUGACAUAUUUUCAUACCUUUUCUUUUUGGUGCGCUUUAAAUGGGUCAAAACACAACAUGGUACGAUGAAUGGUACAAAUAACUGCAUCGAGCCGGCACAGGAUUGGCAAAAGAGGUCAAGCUGCCCGACAAGUAUAUCAAUCUACGGGAGUUACUUGUGAGCAUGGCAUAAUCUUUAAAGGAAGUACGGGACUAUUUUGUUAUCGUCAAUAGUGAAUGUGGUAAAGUUGCCAACAAAACUACACAAACAAUAUAUAAGGAUUCGAAACAUGGAAAUGGAUUCAUUGAAAUUUUGUCUUGAACUGAGAUUUACAAGGUGUCGAAAGUGUGUAAUUAAAGUCACUUUAUAUGAAGAAAAAAAAUCCAGGGGACAUUGGAUUGUCUUGUUCCUGUACUUUAUUAGAUGACCAGCAAGUUUUCAGAUGUAAAUUAAUUAUGCUUACUAUCCCUCUCGUUUGUGUACAAAGUUUUUUUUAUUAUUGUGUGUAAAAUUCUCCAAUUCAUUAUUAUACCUGAAUUGAACUGCCACAAAGCCACAUUGUGAUAAACGACAUCAUUUCUAUUGUUUGAACUGUAUGAUAACAAACUCUUUCAUCUUUCAUACCAAUAAUAGUUAUGUGCUGGACAAAGUUGUUACCAAUAUUGCAUUGUAUUGGAACUACAAGAGAAAAUAAGACAUGUACAUAAGCUAUUAUUUUAGGACAGUAUAGAUAUAACUAAUUUAUUAUAUUUGAAUAAGAUUAAAGUUUCUUUACUACUUUGUGUUAAUUUAACUUAUAAAAGAUGUACAGCAUAUUAUGAAUUGUAUACCCUGCUUAAGGUGCGGUUUGUUCUAGAAAUGGAGAAAUGUACGUUAUUUCAUGAUAUUGUUUACAUUAUUAUUAAUUUAGCUACAUAAAAAAUGUGAACGCCCUCGA